CUGAAACUGGGUUAGGAUCACAAAAGGAAGGUGCUUUCCCAAAUCACUUUUAAGGGCUAGAAGACCGGAGAUGACCAACUUUUGCUCCGACCUGGUUUUAUAUCGGAGAGUCCUUCAAAUGUCCAUCAUUCUGGGCUUGGGUGGAACUUUCCUUUUUGGAUUCCAAGUCUCAAUGAUCAACUAUACUUCACCAUAUAUCAAGAAGUUCAUAAAUGAGACCUGGCUGGAGAGAUACAAUGCUCCCAUCGAUGAGGAGAGCCUCACACUCCUAUGGUCCUUCAUUGUGUCUGCCUUUGGUAUUGGAGGAUUGAUAGGAACCUUCCUCUCAGGAUACCUGCCAGCAAAAUACGGGAAAAAGAACUGUCUGAUAUUUUGUAGCGUACUCAUGCUAGCAACUGCAGUAAUCAUGAGCACUAGUAAAAUGGCAAAGUCUUUUGAAAUGAUUCUGCUUGGACGGCUCCUUUAUGGUCUGAAUGCAGGUUUGGGCUGUUGUAUUCAAGGUCAGUAUCUGGGAGAAAUUUCCCCCAAGCAUCUCCGGGGUUUAACCAAUGUCACUGUUGGAGUUUUAGCCAACCUAGGGAAAUUCCUAGGGCAACUAUCAGGGCUACGUGAACUUUUAGGGACAGAGUCCCUGUGGCCGAUCCUGUUGGCCACCAGUGGGGCCACAGGACUGGUGCUGCUGUUUACCGUUCCCUUCUUCCCCGAGACUCCGCCAUACCUUUUGAUCCAGAAGGGAGAUUUAGAAGGCUGCCUAAAAGCUCUGAAUCAGCUUUGGGGUGAGGGAGACCAUAAAGCAGAAGUAGAUGACAUGUUGAAGGAACAGGCAUCUAUCAAAAAAGCAAAAAUCAUGAAUGUCCUAGAGCUCUUAAAAGACCAUUCCAUGCGACACCAGCUAUGCUUGUUGAUUGUAGUAGGAACAACAUUAUCACUUAGUGGAGUAAAUGCCAUUUACUUCUACUCCUCUGAUGUGUUCUAUACCUCUGGGCUUGAUCCGGAACGCAUCUCCUACGUAGCUCUUGGAGCUGGAGCUUGUGAGCUCUGCUCUAUCCUCAUUUGCCUCUUCACCAUUGAGCAUUUUGGCAGACGAAAGAUGCUACUGUGGGGAUAUGGCCUGAUGAUGCUUGUCUUGGCACUCCUAACAGCUACAUUGUCACUCCAACAUCACUUCUUCUGGAUGCCAUAUUGCAAUGUUGCUCUCAUCUUCCUCUUCAUCAUCAUCUUUGGAUCAGGGCCAGCUGGAGUAACAUUCCCUGUCAUAGUUGAACUUUUCACACAAUCAUCCAGGCCUGCUGCGUUAGUCAUUAGCAUGGGCCUCCACUGGACAGGACUGAAUUUGAUUGGGAUGUUUUUCCCGUAUGUGGUGAAUCACCUGGGCACCUUCUGCUUUCUGAUUUUUAUGGGCUACAUUGCAGUCUCAUGGGUUCUCAUCUUCUGGUUCCUCCCAGAGACAAAAGGCAAAUCACUCAUGGAAAUUCAAGGGGAAUUCAACCAAUUAAAAAUGGGAAAGAAAAAAGAUACUGCCAUAGAGAAGAACUCACCUGAAGAACUCAUGUGUACCAGACUAUAACAGGGUUGAGAAGAAGUGGCUUACUACAGGGACAACAUGGAUUACCACAGCUGGAGUGGAUGACAGAAUGCUAGGGGACACUUAAAGUCAAGGUUCUGAAAAAACACCAUGAUACAGCAUUCCUCAGAUUGUACUAAUUUACAAUGUAGGUUGGGGAAAUUGCAAAUUUGAAUGCCCCUCUAUGUUAGAAACAAGCUCACUCCCUACACACAUAAUCCACCACUUCAAGGAGAAGACUAGGUAAAAAUCCUUCUCCUUGAAAGGCUAGUCACCCCAGGCAGAGAGUCUGCUGUGGGCAGUUUUCAAGCCAGCAUUCUGAGGAGGUACAAUCAAGGAGGACUGUUCCAAAUUAUUAUUCUGUACAUGGAUCCCUAACCAUGAUCUCUGUCCAUGAUUCUAAGUGAGGGAAAGGUCUCUCUACAGAGGCAGGGGCCAUCAUUUGAGGGGGCUCCUAACUCAAACUACUUAUUACCACAUAAUUGUAUGUCCUCUGCACUGGAGAGGAAGUCCAUAGCUCAACAAAAGCUAUAGUUGUAGGAGAAGUCUAUAGCUCAAUAAGAGAGCACAUCCUUGGACACUCUCCAUGAAAAUGUAUGUAUGUAUUGUAUGUUUUUUAACUUUUGUAAACCGCCAUGGGAUUGUUUUUAAUGAAAGUCGGUAUAUAAAUUUAACGAUAGAUCGAUAGAUCAAUGUAUCUCAAAUUAAAAGAACCCUGUAUAGCGGAAGUAGGAAAGACCGCCACCCAAGGCCACAAAGUUCCGCUUCCAGUUGGUGCACAAGCUCUGGGCUCGAAGGACCAACAAUCUGACCAUGCAAGACAGCUUCAUAUAAUUGGGAUGGGGGCUACAAUUUGGUCUCCCAAUGGCAUUUUUAUAGGCUUACUGCUUUCCUUAAAGCGUGUCCAAAGGAAAUGAUUAUUAUUGUUCAAUUUCUAUACUGCUUUUCAUUACAAUAAUCUUAAAGCAGUUUACAAUAUAAUUAAAACACAAAAGUACAGAUAUUAACUAUAAAUACAAUGUCUCUAUUUAAAAGUUUACCCCAAGGGUUUUGAGGGCCCUGUUUAGCUUGACCUUGUCUCAGGAACUGCAAUGGAUGCCUCUACAUAGCUUUUCUCCUGUUAGUUUUUAAACCCCUAUAAGGAGACUCAAAAAAAAGUUUGAAAACUCUGGCUCCAAGGAAAUAGUGUCUCACCAGUACUGGACACGCUUACAACCACAACACCCAUAUGGGGAAAUACGAGCAUGGUUCAGAUGAUGUGAAUUUGUUAUUGUUUCAAAUAAGUAUUUUUCUGUGUUUACAUGUACUUAGUUGCGGGGAAGUCAGCCUGGGAUCUUCAGCAUGCAAAUCAUCUGCUGUACAACUGAGCUAUGGCCUUCCCUCUCUGGAGAGCUAUAGUACCAAACUGCAAUUUUUAGUUAUACACACACACACACACACACACACACACACACACACACACACCCCUCCCUCACUCAGAAACAGAGUUGGGUUCCUGAUCUCUGUUCACUGAAGCACAUACAUCGAUACACAGCAUUUCAUCAAUGCCAUUUCCUACACCAUGGGUUCCAAAACCUUGGUCCCCCAAUGCUGCUGGAAUACAACUCUCAUCAUUCUCAGCUACAAUGUGACCAACAUUGUUUUAAUAAUGUAACCUGCCUUUCAGGGUUUUUUUUAACUGUUCUGAUUGUUUAAUUGUUAUUUAUGAUGUUUUAAUUGUUAAUUGAUGUUUUACAUUGUUUAUAUUUCUCUUUUAACUGUUA